AUGUCAGGGAUUAUUUCGCUAAUUAAAGGCAACGUCGUGACUCCUUCGGAAGUCCUCUAUGAUGGCUUCGUGGUUGUCGUGGGUGGUCUCAUUGAGAGCGUGGGCGGCUCGGCAGAUUUGCCUUCCGAGAAGGACCUCAAGCAAAAGUACGGCGACGCCCAGGUCGAGAUCGUGGAGGGGGGGUUCAUCCUUCCCGGGUUUGUGGACAUACACAACCAUGGCCUUGGAGGAACUGGCGACGUUAUCGCUCACUGGACGAAUCCCGAAUAUUCACUGAAGGAGUUGGCGCGGUGUGGAACGCUUUGUGUUUUGGCAUCCAUGAUCUUCUCAUCGGAGCACAAGAGCACCGUCAAAAAGGCUGUUAAAGAAGUUGAGGCGCGUGUCGGUGCUUACAUUCCUGAUUGCUGCGUUCUUGGCGGCAUCCACGCGGAGGGGCCGGUUAUUCAGGAUCGAGGAGGUCUGCCUGCUUGUGAAAGCAGGUGGACGCUUGAACGUUUUAAAGCACUGUGCGCCACGAUGCCGUCUAUGCGAGUAAUGACGAUAUCACCUCACAUUGACGCGCGCAGCAACUACGAGCUCAUCCGUCAUCUCCUCGCUAUCGGAGUUCGCCCAUCACUUGGACACGACCGCGUCGCAACAAAGAAGGAGAUUUUGGGUGCCUUGAAACUUGCAACCUCGCUGGAAGACAGGCUGCAUCUUACACACGUGUACAAUGUGAUGUCUUUCCAUCAUCGAAAUCCGUCUCUCAUCAAUGUGGCGCUUUGCUCCUCGUUUCCCAAUGCGGAAAUUUACAAGGGUGCCAUUACCCCAUAUAUUGAAAUUAUUGGAGACCUUGUCCAUUCUGACGCCAUUCCUCUGCAUGUAGCACUUUCUUCCAGGAGUUGUGAUGAGGUUGCCCUCAUCUCAGACUGUAUAUCAGAAAACCGUCACGGGAAGCGCUUUACGUACGAUGGACGAUUAAUUUCCGUUCGCGCUGAAGGCGGUUGCUGUCUCUGUGACGCAUCCGGCCGACACACUAAAACGCUUGCAGGCGGCACCAGCUCUCUGGCAGAUCAGUUUAUGAAUUUGGUCACUCUCAUGCGGGUGGACCUCGUUUCUGCCUGUAAGUUGGUCGCCACGACACCUGCCAAAAUUGCCCGCUUGGAUGGGCUUGGCUCAAUUGAGCGAGGAAAGAAGGCCAACAUUUUGCUUCUUAACUCAGAACUGAACACGAUAACAAAACGUAUGAUUUACGGAAAUUGGACUGCACAUGGUGAGUACCGUCUACUGAGGCCAUCCAUGUCCCACAUGUGA